CGAAAAACCUGCAUUAUCGACCGUGCAAUAUUAUUGUACACACGAAACCUAACCUCACAAAUUCAAAAGCCGGAAACUUUAGCAAUAUUUCGCAGAAAUGGCCACGAACGCGGAGGCUGCGGCCCCCAAGAAGUUCAACGUGGAAAUUGUGACCCCGCACAAGCUCACCGUUGCCAUUUUGAUCCGCGAUUAUUGUCAUUUUCGGGAAUCAGAUGGUUUUAAUAACGAAGAGGAUGGCGUGCUUAAGGCCAGAUACCGACGGGAUUUCUGCGUUUUAAUUUUAAAAUUGUUGCAAAGCCCUGACUUGUCUUUGACCGAGCUCAGUAACAUUCUGGUCUCAGCCAAUUAUAAAGUGCACCCCAACGUGAGGGAGUCGUUUAACGACACUCUCGCCAACUUAUACGCAAACGGUACUGGAACUAUGCUCGAUAUAAUUGACAGUUUGAACCGGAAUAUGACUUUCAAUGAAAGCAUAGGGCCUGGGUUGGACACUUAUUGUAUUGUGAGCAAAAGCAGCGUCGUGGGGUAUUUUUUGCGAAGAUUGAUUGUCAAUUUUGACAAACUGACGUUUUCUGAAGUCACUAGUGUGUAUUUGACUUUUCAAAAAUAUUAUGAGCAGUGGCAGAAAAGUCUGAAUUCGCACAAUCAGGUUGCUGUGGAUAAAGUGGUUUGUCCGGAUGACUGGGGGGCGAACAGGGAUCAGUGGUCUCGACGUCAAGCUGAACUUUUUAUAGCCACUCAGGCAGCCCUUCUGAGUAACAAUGAAGAAAAGGCUUUGCCCCCACAAGAGCUACAAAAAAGAAUCUCAAAUUUACUCAUAUCGAACCCAUCAUUGUCUGAAGCUCACUUUCUGUCUUAUUUAAACUACUUGAGGGUGAAAGAGUUCUGUGGGGCCAUCAGUAGUUUGUAUCACUGCUUUGACAGAAGUAAAACUACAGACAGUAAAGUGUCUGUAGAUGAUAAACACAGAAUUUACAGAUUCGCUGCACUAAAUCUAGCAGUGUUACAUUACCACUUUGACCAUAAAGAAGAAGCUCUCGCUUCCUUAAAAGAAGCCAUCAGAAUUUCCCAAGCCGCCAACGACAACAUUUGCCUCCAGCACGCCCUCUGUUGGCUCUAUCGCCUCACCCCCAUCAACAAAGACAAACUAAUUGAACACUCAGUAUCCAAAAGUUUCGAGCUGAACCUCUCCUACACCACCUCCCUCGGUAUUCAAACUUUCGUCCAAUACGCUUGCUUAGUCUCGGGUUACCCCCACCAAAUCUUCGAAACUCUAACAAAAGGCGACUUAAUCAACUGCCAACAUAACCUAAAAGACUUAAUUUCGAACAGUUACUCAGUAAAGUCGGCGCUUUGGCAGUUUUACGGUAAAUCAGAAAUGUCAAUGCUGUGGAGCCAGUUGCUCUUUUAUCUCAAUAUUAACAACAAUAACGACAGCAAGGGGAUUUACUCAGAGGGGUUUUGUCUCGGUGUUUGCAAUGUUGCCAACCUUUUACUCAUCCAAGGCAGCUACAACCUAGUUCACACUAUACUAAAUUUCGCCAAAGAGCGCUUCCCGAGUGAGCCAAACUCGCACAUUUGGAUGCUUUGUGAAAACUUGUUUAUUUUCACGAGAGCGCUGUAUCACGAAAACUGGAUUGAAGCUGAAGAAGCGGCUCAAAAAACCCUAGUUGUGGAUAAGUGGGAGGGUUAUUUGAGGUUGGCAGAACUGUACUAUCACAAACAGGACUACACCGAAGCGCAGAGAUACGUAGAUACUUUGCUUAAUCGCUUUGAAAGUAACAAAAAAUACAAACUCAGAGUGUUGUAUUACGUGAGGGCGAAAAUUUUGCUGGCCGAAAUUCAGUUUUCUAGUAGUUAUCCUGAUAAGGUGUCGCCUGGGAUUAUCACGUUGCUUAAUAAUUGUUUGAUUGAGACGAAUAAGUAUAAUUUGGAUUAUCACUCGGCGUUGAUUCAUUUGCAUAUAGCUAAUAUUCAGUUGAGUAUGGGGAUGAUGGCGCAGGCUCUUCGGGUGUUGGAGCGGUGUCUGGUGCAGAUUUUGGCCCAUGGGGGGUGUUUCGAUAGGGCUAGGGCUGUUUUGUUGUACGUGAAGUGUUUGGUGGCGCAUUCGGAUCAGUUGGAGGUUGGGGAAAGGAGGAAUGUGGUGCUUAAUGCUGCUGAGAUGUUGGAGAGGGUGAAGGAGGAUUUUAGGGUCGUGGAGGCGUAUUCGAGGGUCAAGGAUGUGUUGUAUUUGCAGGCUCAGCUCUACAACGCCAUCGACAUGCGAACCGAACGGAACAAAUGCUCCCUCGAGUUCCGCCUCAUGGACGAAGAGCGCACCACCAAGAACUACUACACUUUACUUAAGUUUUUAUAAUUUGUGGAAAAUAGAGGAAAACGCAGUUGA